GCCCACAUCCUCUGCUCACACUCCUUUAUUUAUAUUUCCACCCCGGUGUUAGAUGAGUUUAGCCUCGCCCUCUUUGGUUCUGACGUCACGGACUGAUCUUGGCUUAACCACGCCAUGUUUUCAGUUUAGUGGCUCGGAGGAGGGCGGCGUUCUUGUCAAAAAUGUGGGCGGGGUAAAGUAAGAAAGGGGCGUCAUUGUGUGACAGAUCUGGGCGUGUCUGCUAGCUUCCACCCCUAGUUUAUAAUGUGCGAGCACUUCCGCUGUCUGGUUAGAAGCGGUGCGAUCAUGGCGGAGCGCGGUCAUCAGCCUCCGGCUAAACGGCUCUGCUGCAGACCAGGCUUUAGCUCGUCCUGUAGGCCCGGGCAACGGGCGGGCGGAGCCUCAUGUGGGGCCGGCGGCUCUGCCCACGGUUUGUCCGGCAGGACUCAGGACCCGGAGUCAUUGCUGGAUAUCGCGGCCCGGAAGGUGGCGGAGAAGUGGCCCUUCCAGCGGGUAGAGGAACGUUUCGAGAGGAUCCCGGAGCCGGUGCAGCGGCGUAUAGUCUACUGGUCGUUCCCCCGGAGUGAGAGGGAGAUAUGCAUGUACUCUUCGUUUAACACGGGCGGGGAAGAUGGGCCCGGGGCCGCCUCCGGGGGGGUGUCCACUGCAGGAGCCUCCGGGACUGUCGUGGGAGCGGGUGCGGCAGCAGUGGGGGCGGCCUCGGUAGCGACUACAGCCGGAGUGUCGGCAAAUGGGGAGACUAACGAUGAGACCCGGCUGCCCUUCCGCCGGGGGAUUGUUCUAUUGGAGGGAGGCUGCGUGGAUAAUGUCCUGCAAGUGGGUGAAUUCCCGGUAAUUCUGAUUUGCUAUCCAUUCGGAGGCAGUUUUGUACAAACUCAAGAAGUGCCAUAUCGUGAGGCUUUUGGUUUUCACUUGAGCGGCACAGUGACAGAGCCCGCAGUGCAGUCGGAGCCCGGAUCCGUUUGCAAUGUAGCAAUCAGUUUUGAUCGUUGCAAGAUUACCUCAGUGACCUGCAGCUGUGGAAACAAGGACAUCUUUUAUUGCGCCCAUGUUGUGGCGCUCUCCUUAUACCGCAUCCGCAAGCCUGAUCAGGUCAAACUGCAUCUUCCUAUUUCAGAGACCCUCUUUCAAAUGAACAGAGACCAGCUGCAGAAAUUUGUACAGUAUUUGAUCACAGUUCACCACACCGAGGUUUUGCCAACGGCUCAGAAAUUAGCAGACGAGAUUCUGUCGCAGAACUCCGAAAUCAAUCAAGUUCACGGUGCUCCAGACCCCACAGCCGGUGCUAGCAUAGAUGAUGAAAACUGCUGGCAUUUAGAUGAAGAACAAGUCCAGGAACAGGUCAAGUUGUUCCUCUCCCAAGGAGGUUAUCAUGGAUCAGGGAAGCAACUGAAUUUGCUCUUUGCAAAGGUGAGGGAAAUGCUGAAGAUGAGGGACUCCAAUGGAGCUCGUAUGUUAACGUUAAUUACGGAGCAGUUCAUGGCUGAUCCUCGUCUUUCCCUUUGGAGGCAACAAGGCACUGCAAUGACUGACAAGUAUAGGCAGCUCUGGGAUGAACUAGGUGCUUUAUGGAUGUGCAUAGUACUGAACCCCCAUUGCAAAUCAGAACAGAAGGCCGUUUGGCUGAAACAGCUAAAAAAAUGGAACAGUGUUGAUGUCUGUCCUUGGGAGGAUGGAAACCAUGGCAAUGAGCUGCCCAACUUAACCAACGCCUUGCCUCAGGGUGGAAAUGCCAAUCAGGAUUCAUCACACCGGCCUCAUCGGACAGUGUUCACGCGAGCAAUAGAGGCCUGUGAUCUCCACUGGCAAGAUAGCCACUUACAGCACAUUAUUAGCAACGACCUUUAUACCAACUACUGUUACCAUGACAACACUGAAAACUCCCUCUUCGAUUCUCGUGGGUGGCCCCUCUGGCAUGAACAUGUUCCAACAGCAUGCGCCAGGGUCGAUGCAUUGCGAUCACAUGGCUACCCACGGGAAGCCCUCCGACUAGCAAUAGCCAUAGUCAACACUCUAAGGAGACAGCAGCAAAAACGCAUGGAAAUUUUUCGGGUGCAGAAGAAAGAUUUGGUUCACAAAGGGAUAACAUCAAUAACAAAUCUUGAAGGCUGGGUUGGCCAUCCAUUGGAUCCCAUUGGUACUCUGUUUAGCAGCCUGAUGGAAGCCUGUAGAGUGGAUGAUGAGGGUUUUCAUGGGUUCUCUGAUUUUGCAGACGGCUUUGGCCAUUGCAGAUCUCUAGAAUACCAACACCUGUCCCCCCACAAGUUCUUGGAAGAAGGGGAAUCUUAUUUAACGUUGGCUGUGGAGGUAGCGCUGAUCGGUCUAGGGCAACAACGAAUAAUGCCAGAUGGGCUGUACGCACAAGAGAAGGUUUGUAGGAACGAGGAGCAACUCAUUUCUAAGCUGCAAGAAAUCGAUUUGGAUGACACUCUAGUGAAAAUAUUCCGAAAGCAAGCAGUCUUCCUAUUAGAAGCUGGGCCAUACAGUGGACUAGGUGAAAUCAUUCAUCGAGAGAGCAUUCCAAUGCACACAUUUGCCAAGUAUCUCUUCACAUCCCUCCUACCUCACGAUGCUGAAUUGGCAUACAAAAUUGCACUGAGAGCCAUGAGGUUGCCAGUGUUGGAAUCCACAGCUCCCAUUGGAGAUAUGUCCCGCCCACACCACAUUGCCUCGGUCGUUCCUAACCGUUAUCCCCGCUGGUUUACCCUGAGUCAUAUUGAGUCACAACAGUGUGAACUGGCUUCUACUAUGCUGACUGCAGCCAAAGGUGAUGUUAGAAGGCUGGAAACAGUGUUAGAGUCCAUCCAGAAAAAUAUUCACUCCUCGUCGCACAUAUUUAAGCUUGCACAAGAUGCAUUCAAAAUAGCGACCUUAAUGGACAGUUUACCAGAUAUAACGCUCCUUAAAGUUUCUCUGGAACUUGGUCUCCAGGUUAUGCGAAUGACGUUAUCAACUUUAAAUUGGCGCCGUCGCGAAAUGGUCAGGUGGUUGGUAACAUGCGCAACCGAAGUAGGGGUGUAUGCACUGGACAGCAUCAUGCAAAGUUGGUUUACCCUCUUCACUCCAACAGAAGCCACUAGUAUUGUUGCUACGACAGUGAUGUCCAACAGCACCAUUGUUCGCUUGCAUCUGGACUGCCAUCAACAAGAGAAAUUGGCAGGCAGUGCUAGGACGCUUGCACUCCAGUGUGCUAUGAAGGACCCUCAAAACUGUGCCCUCUCAGCACUUACUUUAUGUGAAAAGGAUCACAUAGCUUUCGAGACUGCUUACCAAAUUGUCCUGGAUGCUGCUACAACUGGCAUGAGCUACACACAGCUUUUUACAAUAGCGCGGUACAUGGAACACCGUGGUUACCCCAUGCGUGCGUACAAACUGGCAACAUUGGCCAUGACUCACCUUAACUUGAGUUACAACCAGGAUACACACCCUGCCAUUAAUGACGUUUUGUGGGCUUGUGCGCUCAGCCACUCCCUUGGGAAAAAUGAGCUUGCGGCAAUUAUACCUCUUGUGGUCACAAGUGUCAAAUGUGCGACAGUACUUUCAGACAUUUUGCGCAGGUGCACUUUGACCACCCCUGGGAUGGUGGGACUUCACGGGCGAAGGAACUCUGGCAAACUUAUGUCACUGGACAAAUCCCCUUUGAGACAGCUUUUGGAUGCCACAAUCGGGGCCUACAUCAACACAACACAUUCGCGACUCACACACAUCAGCCCUCGUCACUACAGCGAAUUUAUAGAGUUUCUAAGUAAGGCCCGAGAGACCUUCCUCAUGGCUCACGACGGACUUAUCCAGUUUACACAGUUUAUUGACAACUUAAAACAAAUCUACAAAGGCAAAAAGAAACUGAUGAUGUUGGUGCGCGAGCGGUUCGGUUGAUGACUGUGUGUGAAUUUGGGGGGGUCGGGGUGGGGAACAGGGAGGGACGGUUUGUUUUUACUUGAGCCUGCCUUUGUAUCCUUUUUAACUUAAAAAGAAAAAAUGUCAAAACCGUUCAAAAAACAAAAAAAAACAGAGCCACACCGGUAUUAUGUGUAUAGUUCUCCUGGAUUUGCAGAUGAAAGUGUCAUGUCGUUAGAGCUUGUGUAUUUUUCUUUUUGUUUUCCACUAUCUGUGUGUAUGAGAGGUUUUCAAUUUCAGGGCUGAUUUUUUAUUUUUUAAGCAUAGGGCAGAGAAGGGGGUGUUUGUCCUGGGGGGUAAAUGCGAGGGAGUAAAAUGUGAAAAGCGCAACCUGUAAAACUCCAGGUCUUGAGCUACACUUCCUAGUGUUGGGGAUUGUAUCUCAACAGUAAAGUGGGGUGCAGGCCUUCAGCAUCACCCAGGACUCCCCUCUCUUCUAACGCCGGCCCUGCUAAGUUUGGUUUACACUGAGUAUAUGUUGUCAAGUGGCAGAAGCCCACAUAGCUCUACCGUUCCUCUUGUAUUCGUUAAUAGCCUCAAAAAUAUAUAUAUAUAUAAUGGCUUUAAAAUAUUUACAAAAAAAAAUCCUUUGGGAAGAAAAACCAAACUCCAUUAAAAAAAAAAAACUGCUCCAUCCUGUGACAAGUACCUCGAAUGGAUCCAGCUUUACUCCUCUGUUUUCUCAUCCUCGCAUUUCAACGUAUUUAACAACGGCAGAACCCCACCAGUAGUACCAAGGCUUCUCUGUGGCUUUGCAGUGCUGUUCGCCCAGAAGCAUGGCACACCUCGCUUGUGCAUGUGGAAACUUAGCAACUGUCAACAUACAUUCUCAGGGAUUAUCAAGGAAAAAAGAAAAUCAAAAAUACAAUAAAGAAUGAGAGCAUUUAUUGUACUGUAUAUAUGAAUAUAUUAUAGUAUAUGUCUGAAUAUUGAAAACAAAGUAUAACAUUAAUUUAUAAGAAGAAAAUAUUCUAUGUAAUGCAAAAUACUUGAAGCUGCAGUAGCUUGGUUUCAAAAAAAUUUAAAAACUUAAAUUUCAAUCACAAAAUGGAAAAACAUGAAACAGUGAGACAUGCGCUUUGCUUCAAUAUCGGCUCGGGUGGUGAGCUUAAGUGCUGGGCAUCUAUGCAGAGCCACCUUCCUAGACUGCAUGCCGCGAGUCUGUUUUUCGUUUUUAUUUCACUUCCGCCCUCCUCGAUUUAGGAAUCUCUUAACGCACACGCGGCACAGUUUAAAAGGACAUUUGUGCGUAGACAGAGCAGCAAGCCUUAGUAUUUAAGAAAAAAAGUAGGGGUUCAUCUCCCGGGAUAUGUCAUAAAACAUUAACUUCAACAAUAAACAGAAGCAUUGACCGUUGAAAUCAUGAAAAAUCCGCCUUGGCAAGUAAGCUAACAAUAAGCUAACCUUUGUGCACAAUUAACGUAUAUAUAUUAUAUAUAUAUUUCUGCAUAGGUAUUUUGACUCUUGCAGGGCAGAACGUUGUGUAGGUAUGACUGUUCAACUCCUUUUCAUUUCUUCCCGUAGGUUUAAUGGAAACAAACAAAAACAGCCUUCUAUCUUGCCUUGUCUUAAUGCUUUAAAAUAACCAAACUGGAGAUCUAACUACCAAACUGUUCAUUAUAGAAUGAAAAUACCAAUUUCUUGGUAAUAAUAUUGUUGUCUCUUAAUUUUUAGCUGAAUGGUUCUGUAUCCUUGUACUUUUUCCAAGCCCUUUUAUGUUUUGGUGCAAAACUUGUCUAGUGUCUCCUGUCCCUCCUCUCAAUUAGAGAACAUGCUCUAGGUAUGUUUGUAAGUAUUUUUGUUUAGAAAAGAAACUUUCAUGCUCUUCAUUUUAUUUAUUAUACUAGGUAAAAAAAAGGUUGUACUUCAUCACCCCCAUGUAAACAUGCUCAUGAAGUUGAAAGUAAUUAAGAUUUGAUACACUGAUAUCAAUUUAUUUAUGUAACUAAAUCACUGUUUUAUAAACUUGUUAAUGAUCAACAAUUUUUUUUGUUUUUGUUUUGAUUAAAAUUAGUUUUUUGAAAGCUGA